GUCGCCCUCCGGCGCAGACGCAGUGCUGGCAGCCGCCCGCAUGCGCGGUUGCGCCGGAGCCGCGGCACCAUGGACGACGAGGAGGAGACGUACCGGCUGUGGAAGAUCCGCAAGACCAUCAUGCAGCUUUGUCAUGACCGUGGCUACCUGGUGACCCAGGAUGAGCUGGACCAGACACUCGAGGAGUUCAAGGCACAGUUUGGGGACAAACCUAGCGAAGGGAGACCGAGGCGCACAGACCUCACUGUGCUGGUGGCCCACAAUGACGACCCCACAGACCAGAUGUUUGUGUUCUUCCCAGAGGAGCCCAAGGUGGGCAUCAAGACCAUCAAGGUGUACUGCCAGCGCAUGCAGGAGGAGAACAUCACGCGGGCGCUGAUCGUGGUGCAGCAGGGCAUGACGCCCUCCGCCAAGCAGUCCCUGGUGGACAUGGCCCCCAAGUACGUCCUGGAGCAGUUCCUGCAGCAGGAGCUGCUCAUCAACAUCACGGAGCACGAGCUGGUCCCUGAGCAUGUGGUCAUGACCAAGGAGGAGGUGACGGAGCUGCUGGCCAGAUACAAGCUUCGUGAGAGCCAGCUGCCCAGGAUCCAGGCCGGGGACCCAGUAGCACGCUACUUUGGGAUCAAGCGAGGACAGGUCGUGAAGAUCAUCCGACCCAGUGAGACCGCCGGCCGCUACAUCACCUACCGCCUGGUCCAGUAGCCAGCGCAGGGGAGCCGCGCCAUAGCGCGCGUCCCCAGCACCCCAGAUGAGCCGCCUCCCCAGCCAGCACACUGCCUGCCGCGUCCCGGCCCAGGACACCGCCCCAUUCUGAAAAGGAGGACUGUUGGGUGAGACGCCUUGGCCGCCCGGCAGGCCGUCCUCUGACCCACACGCACCAUGGCAGCUGCACCCACAAAAAUUAAAACCAAUGGCAGGCCCGUCUUUAAUCCCAGCACUCAGGAGGCAGAGGCAGGUGGAUCUCGUGAGUUCCAGGACAGCCUGGGCUACAUCCUGAGAUCUUAUUUAAAAAAUCAAACAAACUGUACUGUUGCCAGGUUUUUAGAUCCUAGCACUCUGGAGUCUGAGGCAGGAGGAUUGCUGCACCUUCAAGUUUGUGGACUCUUUAUUUUAGCAAGAAGUGGUCUAGCGCCAGCGUUCUGGACCCUCAUCUGAAAAACAGUAAACAGGAACCCCACACAGCAUGGGUCAUGCUCUGGGACCCCUGGGAGCUAGCUGAUCUGUGUCCCAGCUCCCCAGCACCCUCCUGCCUGGCACCCUGAUGAACAGUUGGCCAGUGUCUCAGGGAUGUGGCCCUGGAUAAGGCCAGCACUGCCACCAGGCACUGUGCACCCCAAGAGCACUGGCCACACCCAAGUCCUUUGUCACUCUGGGGUCCCCAUCCUGCUUAGAGUUCUCCAUUCUCGUAGGACUCUGUUUUGAGAAUUAAAGAUAUUUUGAGGAGAUAAA